AGACAAAGGGGAAGGACUAUGAUGAGGUGUUUGCUCCUGUGGGGAAAGGAACAACACUUAGGGUGCUGUUAGCGAUAGCUGCACUCCUGGGAUGGAAGAUACGGCAGAUGGACAUUGUGACUGCCUUUCUGAAUGGGAUCAUUCUGGAGGAGGUGUACAUGAAGCAGCCAGAGGGGCUGGAUGAUGGGAGCGGCAGGGUCUGCAGGCUGAAGAAGGCCAUCUAUGGCCUUAAGCAGGCGCCUCGUGCAUGGUAUCACAAGUUGGAGGAGGCACUGUUGGCUGGGGGUUUCAAGAAGAAGCAGAUGCUGGAGAUGCAGUUCAAGUGCUCCAAGAUGGGUGAGGUGAAGUACUACUUGGGGAUGCACGUGGAGAGAGAUGUGGAAAAGGGUGUGCUGAGGUUGCACCAGAGGAAGUACUGUGAGGGGCUGGCUGAGAAGUAUGGGUUGCAAGAUGGGGGAAAGCCAGCAACACCACUACCUUCAGGGUUUACUGUGGAGCCAUGUGCUGAUGAGGAGGUAUUUUGAUGAUAGAUCUUGAGAAUAUAUUUCCGACGCAACAAGAAUCGCUUCAAUCGGAGCAAGAACGCGAAAGCUAUGAAGAUUCAAAGUUCAUGAGCUUGCGUUACAAUUGCGGCGGUUACAAAGUGAAGUUGUGGGGUGACUCUAUAUGGAGUUGGGACCUUUGGGGUUGGGGAAAUUUGUCACUCUACUGUAACAGGUGCAAAUUGGUUGGGAACAACCAAGCUAGGUUGGCAAGGGUGGCCAACUUGGAUGGAUUGGUUGGGAAGGGACAAAGGUCAAAGUUGAGGUUCCUAUAGGGAGGGAAUCUUUGUGCUUAUGGGGUUUCCUUGGUUGGGGACUCUCUUGGGACCUUCCCUCUCGUCCCUCUCUUUCUAUCCCAACCUUUCUCUUGCUCCUCUAAUUCCUUGUGAGAUUCUUGAACUUUGAUUGAACUCUUGAGAUUGAGUUAAGUUCUCCUCCUACAGCUUACCCCCUAGUGCGUCGAAAGCCAUAGCGUCGCGAAUACUUCAUCAAUCAACAUGAUUCAAAUUGUGAACGGUAGCUGAGAUUAAGAGCUACAACAUACCCAAGUUUCGCGACAUUCCAACGGCUAGUGCUUUGUCGACGUCGUUUCUUGUGAAGACGACUUUUCUGUCCAGAAUUUCGGAUUUAUAUUUUGAGUAAUUCUAGCUCCUAAGUUCACCUAGACUCCGUCCUUAAUCCUAACAUGGAGAACAAGGGAGAUAUAGUAUUUGGGUUGCACCGUGUUGGGAAUACCUCAAGGACUUAAGCGUUUCUGAAGUGUAACACCACACUCGAGUGAAGCCGUAUCGAGUAUGCGAGUCAACGGAGGUUACACGAGGAGGUUGGACGAAAGAACACGAAAGGACGAAAGACUCGAAGAGUCGCAACCGGAGGUUGCGACUGACCGUUACAACUGCAAGGGUGGUAACCGAAUCGACCAUUGAGUCGCUGUGCGACUCGAUAACCGUUCCUUCAAUUGUAU